GCACCCUGUGUUGGCACCGCCAUCUUGGCCGAGCCAAGAUGGUAUUGGAGGACUGGGCACAAGAUUACUAGUCAGCGUCGGCCGCCAUCUUGUAUCUUCGAUUUUAGAAUGGGUCGCCGCAGUCGUUCGCCUUCGCCGGUUCGUCGCAAAGAUAAGGACAAAGAAAAACGAACAAGCAGUACUAGGGGACGGAGCCCAACACGCAAGGAUAAGAAAGACAAGCCAGCUCGGCGACAGAGCUCGUCUUCGAGCAGCUCAUCUUCAAGCUCUGGUAGCUCUAGUUAUUCCAGUAGCACCAGUUCUGGGUCAAGCAGCAGUGGGAGUAGCCGUAGCUCAAGUUCCAGCAGCUCAGGGUCUAGCGCAUCAAGUUCCAGUAGUGGCAAUGAUGCUGCUAAGGUCAAGAAGGAAGUCAAAGAAGCAAAAGGGGAGUCAAAGGAGGUUGUAAAAGAGUCAAAAGAAGUAAAAAACAAAGCAUUACCUGACAGUAAACCAGCAGUAAAAUCAUCACCGUCACCACCACCAACAAAACCAAGACCGUCACGCCGUUCACUCUCAAAGUCAGUCUCAAAGUCACCCAGCCCUGCACACAAGGGCAAGCGAUCUUCCUCUUCAUCAUCAUCACGUUCCCGCUCAAGAUCUCCACGUCGGCGCAAGAGAAGCCCCACCCCCAAACCUACCAAGUUGUAUGUUGCUCACCUGACACGUAAUGUUAACAAAGACCAUGUGCAGGAGAUAUUCAGUGUGUAUGGGAGAGUGAAAACAGUUGAUUUGCCAACAGACAGGACAAAUAACCUCUCAAGAGGCUUUGCAUACGUAGAGUAUGUUGACCCAGAAGAGUGCGAGAAGGCCCUCAAACACAUGGAUGGUGGCCAAAUUGAUGGCCAGGAAAUAGCAGUACAGAGUGUCCUCCCACCCCGGCCCAGAGAUGUGCGCCCUGCUUACAGACGCCCCAGCCCACCACGCCGUAGACCCCAGCAGUGGCGUAGGAGUCCCCCAAGGUUCAGAGGGGGCGGUGGGUUUAGGCCUAUGAGGCGGUCCCGUUCUGGUUCUCCCCCUCCUCGUAGGCGUCGGUCUCCAUCACGCUCACGUUCUAGGUCUCCCGCCAGGCGAAGGCGAUACAGUAGCUCUAGCUCCGACUCCUCUCGGUGAAAUUCUGCAUGCAGGCGUCAUACUUAGAUCAGUCAAAGAGAAUGCGUCAGCCUCUCGACUUUUGUUCCCUUUGCAUUUUAAUUAAAAAUACAAAAACACCAUCCAAAAACAGGGCUUUGGUGUGGAUAAGCUAAUGCAAAUAAAUUUUUUCCUACUCUUUGUAACUCCGCUAGGAGGAUAAUAUGGUGGCUGACAGUAGAAGAGUCGCUUGUCAAUACCCAACUUUUGUAUUAGAUAGUUAUCUAUUUAAUAUAGCGCUAGUUUAGUUUGGUAUUUACCAUUUUACAGAUUAAGAUUAAAGCUGCAUUUUCACCAGUUUACUUCCGGUCAAUUACGUAAGGAUCUCCAAUGAUUUUAAACAGAAAACACGAAAAAUAUUUCAAAAUAUAGAAAGCAGUUUCUUUGAGGAUGUUACUGCUAAUUUAGAGCGGAUGGCAUGUUAAAUAUUUCGGAUUAGAAUAGAUUCUUUUGUCUUUUAACAGUUGAGGUUUCCGUCGGACCCCCGGAAGUAAACUGGUGACAUCGCGGCUUUAAUCAUGGGUAGUCUGCUUAUUUGUUCAAGUGAACAACCAACCAAGACUCUUCAGUGAGUGUGAUAGCCUGUUCCUAUUGUCUCUUUUCCAUUGAAAGACGCUUGAACACUUUCUGUUUCCUUAUGAAAAAUACUUUGUAUAUUUCUGUGUUUUAACAUUAAAAUAUCAGAUUUUUCUGCU